AUGGAGGAAGAAAUACAGCAGCUGCGAACGAACGCCUCCGGGGAGCUGAUGACCGAUGAAGACUUCAUCAAGACCAUCGAGGAGAUGGGCGCAGAAGCUCAGGAGAAGGAGAUCAACGACUUGCUCAGUUGGUUUUCAAUGAACUUUUUCAAACUCGUCGUUCGAAGGUUAUAAAAAUAGAGUCAGAGCCCACACGCGAGUUUUUGCACCUAUAUUAUAUUACACUUGCAGACAGCUUUCAAGGAAAAAAAGAAUAGAAGUCAGAGUUCAAAAAUGUUUCUCUCGAAAAUCCAGUUGAAAGAUGAAUUUUUAUAUAAUUUCUCAUGGAAUUCGGAUACCUGUUAACUCGUGAGGGUUGACUUCACCCCGUGUAUCGUUAUUCAUCUCCCCUUCCUUUUGAAUCUUCGUUCAUUGUUCUAAAUGGUAGCGGAUAAACUAAUAUUCUUUUUCAGAAGCGAUGCAUGAGAAUAGAAUCGUCUCGUGGGAUGAAGCCGAGCGGAUUCUACAAGAAACAGACAGAACUCCGGUAUUUCUCGGCAACUUAGUUGAUCAAACUCUGAUUUUUCGUGCUCUGUCAGAUCAAAAGCAGUUUGCCGGAGCAGACGCGCCCGUCGGAGCCAGACAACGACACGGACGUCGACAACUGCAUUCGGAAGCUUCUGGACAACGAUCCGUCGCUGAAGGAAGUCAACUUGAACAACAUGAAGGUUUCCUUUUGUGAAACCGCCAUCAAUCCGAGGGUUUCUCGUAGAGAACGCCGGUUCCGGCCAUUCGGCGGCUUUUGGAAGCCCUGGCCUACAACGAACAUUGCGAACGACUCUCCCUGGCCAAUAUGGGACUCUACGAUCAUGAUAUCAUUGUCAGUGUUUUUUAAAGUCUUAAGAAAGCUUCUGAACAUUUAUUAAUUGUUUUCUUUAGGUGCUCGUGACCGUGAUUGAAAUGAACCAGACGCUAAAGAAAGUCAAUUUAGAGACGAAUUACUUGAGCGGUAAAUGAAUUCCCCUAAAACCUUUCUAUCGAGUCCGUUUCAGGCGAGUUCUUCUCCAAACUCUUCAAGGCAACUCUCUCCAAUGAAACGUUGGAAGAGAUCAAAGCUGUUAACCAGGUUAAAGGAAUUUCCAACCCCUUUCAAGUUUGACAUUUUCUAGGGUGUGUCUUUUUCGACUCAGUCCGAGAAAGAAAUUAUUGACGCGAUCAUGAAGAAUAAGGGCCUCACAAAGGUAAAAUAAUGAGUAGAAACGACGUCAAAAGACAUUUUUGGCAGAUUUCCAUCAAUUUCCGACUUCCCGAGGGAAGGUUCAAAGUUGAAAAUGCGACAUUACGAAACGGAGAACUUCGUGAGUUUUUUUGCCCCUUUUUAUGAAAUUUAUCACACUGACAAUUAUCAUAGAUGUCCCUUUUAAAAAAUAUAAGUUUGAAUUCUUCAUUUAGAAAUAAACUUCGAGGAUGCGACAAAAAAACUGUAGUUAUAUUCCAGGAAGAAUAAAAAGAAGAGAAGCUGCUCUGAAGGCGAAAAUGGAAGCAGAAGAGCUGGCUAAGAACCCAGUGGUAAGCAGUUUUCAUGUAUGAUAUGAUAGACUUUAAUCUACCCAAGCCAAUGUCGGAAGUUUCAGCCGCAUCUGGCAAAAGAAAGCCCGCCGAAGAAGCAGCCGCCGGUGCCGGCAAAGGUUCGUUUGAGCGUUUUUUGAGUGCUCCAACAGUUCUGCAUGGUUUCAUAGUCGAAAUUUGUUUUGUUCCAUCAAUUUUUCAACGAAAUUAUUGUUGAAUCAAAGAAAAGUUCCUUUUUGCAUGUGUUAUAAAUUCUAUGAAUUUUUUUGAGAUUAAGCAUGUUUGAAUCACUCUGUGGCAUGCGUAUUCUUGUAGAAUAACAUUAUUUGUUAAAUCCGUCCACCCAGCCUUUCGCCAAAAAUUAGUUCUCCUGAAGCCAGUGGUACAUCAACUUUGAAGCCAACUUCUUAUUCACUUGUGCUUUUAAAUUGAUAUUUUGUGUGCCCUUUUUGUAAGUAAAAUAUGUCUCUUGUGUUAUUGAUCGAGAGUUAAGUACGAUAAAAUUUUGUUGCGUUACGUUUUUAAUGAAUUCCUCAUGUAGUAAUUUCAAUUUGGAGAGAUGUUUUCUGUGUUCUUGUAUUUGUCCUUUCAAUUGUCAUACUCACAUUUAUGUUGUUUGAACUGCUGAAUGGUCGUUGGUUGGCCAAAUAAACGUUGAUUUUCUGAUUUCUAGGAGCCGCCAAGGAUCCUGCCGGAUAAAAAACCGGUACCGGCUAAAGCAGAGGAGAAAACUCCGCCGCCGCAACUGCUGAUAAUCCCAAGAGCUUCGAGAGAAUCCGAAGAAGACACAGACCUGGUGGCGCCUCCUGCAGCGGAAGAAAAGCAUCUGAGACCGACCUGGCAGCCGAGAAGGUCUUCCGUUGUCGUCGACCAGGGCUACGCCCCUGUCCUGGACGUCAGCUCCAAAGUUCCUUCUGCCGAAGUCACUCCAAGGCCUCAGCCCGAACCGAAGCCGCGUAACAGAGGACCGCCACUCACCGCCAAGAACAUGUGGGAGCAGCGGAUAGCCAAGCAGGAGAAGAAACUGGAGAAACAAGAGCAACGACCACUUCUAUCUAUACAGAAGAUCCGAGAAAUGGAGAAGGCUGAAGAAACCAAAAAAGCGGAUAUGCUUGAUGUGAAGCUGAAGAAGGAGCCGAAGAAGCUAGUACUCCCAGAAAAGAAAAAAGUAGAAGAGUCUGAAGUCUUGCCGAAGAAAGAACCAAAGAAAUUGGUCAUCCCAGAAAGGAAAAAAGUGGACGAAUCUGACGUCCUGCAGAAGAAGGAGCCGAAGAAACUCACACUUCCAGAGCGUUUUGGAGCAACUUCGACGUCUGAAGAACCGGUCAGAAGAAGGAGCGUCCAGAAAAUUGUUGGUAAAAAGGCAGAGACGCUAGACACAGUGUCCAGACCGGAGGACGAGCCCAGAACAACUACCGUCAUCAAGAGAACGGUGAUGCGAAGAAGACCAGAUAGCGAGAGGGACGAGGGCGAAGAAAGCCAACGGACGGUAGUGAAGAAAGUGGUGAAGAAACGGAAGCCCCGUCCCGAAGUUCCUGCCGACGGAAACAUCCUAGGAGCACAUCAAACCCAAAACCCGCCCAUUCCUGCUAUUUGA